GUGUGGUAUUUCAAUUGAGUUAUGAUAAGAAUUCACUAUUAAAGACACCCAGUAUUGUGUUUAGUUAUAUUUUGAGUGUUAAACGCUAAAAAAAUGUGUAUUUAAAAAAACAAAACCGUGUUACUACAUUUUCAGAUUCGGCUUUCAAAGUUGAAAUGUUGGACAUAAAUAACGUGGAAAAUUAUAUGUUCAAUGUGCAUUUGUCCAAGAUCGUCGGCCUUUACCAGGUGUUGAAUCCUAAUUCUUUGAAAAUUUUCGGCUACAAUGCGUUUCAUAUCCUCGCACUGUGCGGUGUAAUGUACGUGAUAGGAAUAUCUGUGUUCGUACUGCUUAGCUUAUACUUUUGGAUGCACGACGUCGUACAGUUCUUCUCGCAGCUCAUAGUGUUGCAAAACAUAAUAUUUAUGAACUACAAAAUCAUCAACGUGAUCAUCAAGUCGGACGCCAUUUGGAAUUGUCUGGCAGUGGUUGAUUUCGAUUGCACCGCUUUUAAACGUUAUGACAAAAGAAUGUUGAAAGUCUGGAGAAAACGGUCCAUACUCUACACGAACGUGGUUGCCGGUGCGGUUUACUUGUUGGCAGCCAUAUGGAUCGUGUCUCCGUACAUCUUGAAGGAAACUUACGUCAAAGCCAAACACCAAGACGGUACUUUCAGCGUUUUCCAUUACAACGUGUUCAACAUGUAUUUCUUGGUAACCGAUACGGUUUACAACAAGUACUUCUUCUUGUUUCACCUGAUCGAAUCGUCACUCGCACUGGCCAUUGGAGUCAUCACGGUCAUACCGGACAUUGUGAUGAUAAUGCUGUGCAUAGCAAUAACCGGUCAGUUGGACGUACUAAUGACUGGAUUGAAAAACGUUGGUUACGACAAUCAAAGAACAUUAGAGUCAAACUCAAUUGUUAAUGGAAAAACAAACGCCCAUGAAACGUUUCAAGAUUUGUUAUUAAUUAUCGCAGACCACCAGUUUAUUAUUAAGAAGGCCGAAGAUUUUUGCAACAUUUUUCGACCAAUUAUAUUCAGCCAAAUUCUCGUGUACUCGAGUUCACUGGUUGUGUAUUCGUUUAUUAGUUUUGCGAAUUACUUUAACGGUGCAACGUUCGACGCAAUACAUGUGUUCAAAACUGUCUCAGCGUUGUUGGUUUUCGUGCUUCAUCUUUUCAUGCUAUGCUACCUAUUUGGAAAUGUCAACGAAAAGAAAGACUCAAUAAUAUUUGCACUGUAUUCUAGUAAUUGGCCAGAAAUGGAUGGUAAAUGCAAACAACUGGUACUGUUAACAAUGCAGAUGAAUAAUGCUAACCUAGUGAAAUUAAGAAUCACUGAGAAAAAAGUUGUGAAUUUAGAAUUCUUCGUUAGCACGUUGAAUGUUUGUUUUUCAAUAUUUUCUUUGUUGAAACAUUAUUCAAAACGGCCUUGAAGUGGAUACCACGUGUUGUGUUACCUUGUAGAAGAUAUUUGUUGAUUAUAUAGAAAUUGUUGUAUUUGUCAAUCAGUUUGACAAUUCACUGCCUUUAUCCCUUAACAAUAGUAAUGCGAAUUUUAUUAGAAGCAAGUUCAUAUAACUUUAAGAAUUAUGUAAAAAACGAAAUAUGUUAGUUUAAACAAAUAAUUCAUGAUGUGACAACCAAGCCACGGU